AUAUGACAACCAUACUUACAACGUCAGUCAGCGAUCCAAGUUACACUGGGAUGGUUGUCGAAGCCAAUGCAGACUGCCCAGUCGUUGUAGCUAGCUAGCUAGCUGUCCUCUCUGGCUGCAGCGUAUAAAAGGGAAACGGGAUAGCUGCUUUAAGAACUGACAACUUGGCCAGCUUGCUAGCUAUUUAAUAAUGAAGAUGCUGAAAAGCAUAUUUGGAGUUGCGUGCACAUUAGUUGCGCUUAGCCACUGCUCCGGCUUCUAUCUUCCGGGUUUGGCCCCGGUAAGCUUUUGCGAGGAGGGGAAAGAUAGCAGCGACGACUGCCAGUCUGAUAUUCAGCUGUUUGUGAAUCGCCUUGAUUCCGUGGAGUCAGUGUUGCCUUAUGAAUAUGAUGUGUUUGACUUCUGCCAAGAUGAUAAAGAGAGGAGACCUACCGAGAACCUUGGCCAGGUGCUGUUUGGAGAGAGAAUAGAGACGUCACCAUACAAGUUCUCAUUCAUGAAAAAGCAGAAAUGUCAGAAGGUCUGCACCAAAUCUUACGAUGCCACCAAACAGGAAGAUCGUGAAAAGCUGGAAUUUCUUAAGAAUGGAAUCCGGCUCAAUUACCAGCAUCACUGGAUUGUUGACAACAUGCCUGUCACGUGGUGCUAUGAUGUGGAGGAUGGUCAGAAAUACUGCAACCCUGGUUUCCCCAUCGGCUGCUUGGUGACCUCAGAUGGUCGGCCAAAAGAUGCCUGCGUCAUCAGCUCCGAAUUCAACAAGAGGAACACUUUCUACGUCUUCAACCACAUCGACAUUGUCAUCACCUAUCACAACGGCACCAAGGAGGGCUGGAGAGGGUCAAGGCUUGUGGCGGCCACCUUGGAGCCUAAGAGCAUCAAACACAGCAACGCAGACAAUCCAACAUGUGAUGGACCCCCCAUGGAGAUCCCCGGAGAUGCCAAGGGUAACCUGCAGCUCACCUACACAUAUUCCAUCUCCUUCUCGGAAAACAAUAACAUCAAAUGGGCCUCCAGAUGGGAUUACAUUUUGGUAUCCAUGCCUCACUCCAACAUCCAGUGGUUUAGCAUAAUGAAUUCCCUGGUCAUCGUGCUCUUCCUCUCCGGCAUGGUGGCCAUGAUCCUGCUGCGGACCCUGCACAAGGACAUCGCCAGGUACAACCAGGUGGACCAGGAAGAUGCCCAGGAGGAGUCUGGGUGGAAGCAGGUGCACGGAGACGUUUUCAGAUCGCCUGGGAAGGGCAUGUUGCUGUCAGUUUUCCUCGGGCAGGGCACCCAGAUCUUCAUCAUGACCUUCAUCACCCUCUUUCUGGCCUGCUUGGGCUUCCUCUCCCCAGCGAAUCGAGGCGCUCUGAUGACGUGUGCAGUGGUCCUGUGGGUGUUGCUGGGAACCCCAGCGGGUUAUGUGUCUGCGCGCAUGUACAAGACGUUCGGUGGGGAGAAGUGGAAGACCAACGUCCUGCUGACCGCGCUUCUGUGCCCAGGGGUCGUGUUCGCGGACUUCUUCCUCAUGAACCUCAUCCUGUGGGUGGAGGGCUCCUCGGCCGCCGUCCCCUUCGGAACGCUGGUGGCUGUGCUGGCGCUCUGGUUCGGCAUCUCUGUGCCCCUAACCUUCGUCGGCGCUUACUUUGGCUUCAAGAAGCAGGCAAUCGAGCAGCCAGUGCGGACCAAUCAGAUCCCUCGUCAGAUCCCAGAGCAGUCCUUCUUCACCAAGCCCCUCCCCGGGAUCGUCAUGGGUGGCAUCCUGCCGUUCGGGUGCAUCUUCAUCCAGCUCUUCUUCAUCCUCAACAGCAUCUGGUCCCAUCAGAUGUACUACAUGUUCGGCUUUCUGUUCCUGGUCUUCAUCAUCCUCCUCAUCACCUGCUCAGAGGCCACCAUCCUGCUGUGCUACUUCCACCUGUGCGCGGAGGACUAUCACUGGUGGUGGCGAUCCUUCCUGACCAGUGGCUUCACGGCGGUCUACCUGUUUGUCUAUGCCGUGCACUACUUCUUCUCCAAGCUGCAGAUCAUCGGCGCCGCCAGCACCAUCCUCUACUUCGGCUACACCAUGAUCAUGGUGCUCAUAUUCUUCCUCUUCACAGGCACCAUCGGGUUUUUCGCCUGCUUCUGGUUCGUGAACAAAAUCUACAGCGUGGUCAAGGUGGACUGAACAGGAAGUAGCGUUCACCGCUCCCUCGCGCAGCCCUCUACGGCGCCUCUCACUGGCGGGGAUGAGAAGCGGGCGAUGCAGCUGUUCAACGCUGCGCUGCACGUGUAAGAUAUGUACAGAACAAGGAGCGCCGGAGAGAGCACAGCCCUUUCUGCCUGUUUGUUUGGGGAACUCUCGACCUCUGUUUCUUCUGGCCUAUGCUUUUAGGUUGCUGUUAAUAUAUUUGUUGUUGCUGUUACUACAGUUGGCUAUUGAUUUUACCUUCCAUGGGAAAAAGGAGGUAUGGCCCUAUGUGAACUCCAAAGAUGUCUAUCAGUGACAUAUAUAUAUAUUUUUUUUUUGGUCGGUGGCAGAGAGGCUUUUUACUUUGACUGGAAAGGACCUUGAGCGGAAGGACUUCGUUUUAUGCCUGUAAGAUGCUCUACUUUACUGAUUACAUUUUAUUUUAAAGUCCUGUUGCUGUUCGUUGCGGCCUAUUAAGUAUGACUUGUUUUGUGAA